AUGUCCACUCGCCAGCCCUCGCGUCCACGUCGCGUCGACGAGGCCCUUGCUCAGCUCGUCGAAUCCCUCACUCCCCCGCUCUCCCUGUCCGCCGUAGGCAAUGACGUUUCCGACGACACAGAAGCCCUCGCAGCGGCUGAAGCACAGCGGAAUCGAGAGAACCUUGAACGCUCGUGGCGCAUACUCGAUGCGUACUCAAAUUUUCCUAGCGAUCUGGCUUCCCCCUCCGGUGGAGUAGGCUUGGGGGGUAAUCGCAGAGGAAGCUUAGCAGGUGCAGAUAGUAUCAACAAUGCCCCCGAUCUGAUUAAGCGGAAGCUAUUGCGUGAGAAUGCGAGUCCUGAUAAGGCUGUACGAUUCUCCAACAUGUACUCGCGUUUGUUGACCCAGCCUGUGCUGUCGCAAAAGUGGGCUAUAUUGUAUCUACUCUAUCGGCUAUCGAGUUCGGACGACUACGAGGAGCAGAUGGAUGAAGAGGGGGGAAGCUGGACUCCACAGAUGGAGCAAGGGAAUAUACAAAACAUACACUUGAAGGGCCAGAAGCCAAGACAAGAUGCAGGAGGACGAAUGCCUGAUAAUUGGGACGAGGAUGGACCUGCUAUUAGUUCCUCUGCGUCGCAAUUACCUGACCGACAGGAACGGAGGGCUUCUUUUCGACGGCUAGAACGAGACGGAGUGCAUGAAAGUAACCGAGAGCAAGAUAGUGAGAGAGCCAAAGAGCAAAGGUCAAACCGUGAUCCGUCCAAUACCGCACCAAGGGAUAUUCAUAACCCGGAAGAGCAGAGAAGCACUCUCCGUCCGUCAGGGACACAACAGAGCUUGACCCGGCCUGCCGAACAUGGCCUCUUGCGUGAUCUUCCGUUCAAUUUGCAAGGCUUAUCAUCUUCCAGCCUCGAAUUCUCCUCAUCUUCAACUCUAAAUCUACCGCCCACGCUUCCUAUCCCGAUGAUUUCUCUCCUUAACACCAUCGCUGAACCAUGCCUGUUAUAUAAGAGACUUACAGCCUUUGUUGAAGACUCGGGCGGUGGUCUUCUUAGCCAGAGCUUACGGGCAGCUCUUUCGAAUGAGCUUCGGUCCUACCUGGGCUUAGUCGCGACACUGGAAGGAGAAAUUCGGCGGGCGUUGGCUGCGUCAGAAGACCUCAGUAAUCCAGGUAGCGCGUCUAAAACUGGAGUAACUUUGAAGCGAUGCGCCGUAUGGACAAGAGACGCGACAAUGGCACUGCGGCUUAUGAGUCUCAUUGUUGAGGAAGCUCAAAACAAGAAAGGCGGCCAACUUAUAUCUUUGAUACACGGGUUCUCGACUUCUCAUGGGGAUCCUUUCGUUUGUGCCUUCGCGGAGAAGCUUCUCGCACACGUCACAAGACCAUUCUAUGAUAUGCUACGACUUUGGAUUUACGAUGGCGAGCUUUCUGAUCCGUAUAAGGAGUUUUUCGUUGUUGAGCCAGAGUUCAGACCUAGCACAGACCCCCGACGCAUUGCGACAAGCGUGUGGGAGGACAAAUACAAGCUAGACAAUGAGAUGGUACCUUCCAUCAUAACACAGGAGUUUGCGAAGAAAGUCUUUCUUAUUGGGAAAUCCUUGAACUUCAUUCGAUACGGUUGCGGAGAUUCUGGCUGGGUCGAAGCUUACUCAAAGGAAGCUUCAAAAGAACUGCGAUACGGUGAUACGGCAAGUCUAGAGACGUCGAUCGACGAGGCCUACAAAACCACCAUGGCACGGCUCAUCCAUCUCAUGGACGAAAAAUUUAAGCUGUUUGAUCAUCUCAAGGCAUUGAAGAAAUAUCUGCUGCUGGGCCAGGGUGAUUUCAUUGCCCUGCUAAUGGAAUCACUGGCCUCAAACCUUGAUCGGCCCGCCAAUUCACAGUAUAGACAUACACUGACCGCUCAGUUGGAGCAUGCUAUUCGCGCUUCUAAUGCGCAGUAUGACUCCCCGGAUGUCCUCCGCCGCCUGGAUGCUCGGAUGUUAGAGCUUAGUCACGGCGAAAUUGGCUGGGAUUGUUUUACCUUGGAGUACAAAAUCGAUGCACCAGUGGACGUGGUCAUUACGCCCUGGGGUUCGACGCAGUACCUCAAGGUCUUUAAUUUUCUCUGGCGUGUUAAACGCGUUGAGUUCGCGUUAGGGAGCAUCUGGCGACGGUGCAUGACUGGCUCCCGGGGUGUCCUAGGAAACGUAAAUGACAAGGUUGGGCCUGAUUGGAAACGCGCUCGGUGCGUAAUGGCCGAAAUGAUCCACUUUGUGUGUCAGCUACAAUAUUACAUUCUCUUUGAGGUCAUCGAGGCUAGUUGGGAUCAAUUGCAGGCGUCAAUUUCAAAACCUGGGUGCACAUUGGAUGAUCUUAUUGAAGCGCAUACCAACUAUCUCAAUUCUAUUACACACAAGGGUCUCCUCGGCUCGUCAUCCAAAUCCACAUCCGCAAACAAGUAUCCGGAGGAGGGCUUCCUGACGCAGUUACACCAGAUCUUGAAGAUCAUGCUCGCGUACAAGGACGCUGUCGAUGGACUCUAUUCAUUCUCUGUCGCAGAAUUCACUCGAAGACAGGAACUCAGCGCCAGGAUUGAGACUCGCACGGCUCAAGGUCGCUGGGGCGUCUCGGAGCGCGAUAUUUUUGCAUCGUCUCGGCAGCAGGCGCACAAAGCAUCCAUCUCAUCAGUUUCUCCAUCGUUGGCCCAGAGCCCAAAUAUCGGACAUUCCGGCGACGGCGUCGAUACACCCUCAUCCCUUAUGAACUACGAUCUCUCCGUCGAUGACAACAUGCUUGCCUCGCUGCGUGUUCGCCUUCGAGACCUAUCUGCAGAAUUCCGAUCGCGGCUGAACGUCCUCUUGGGAGACCUUGCAUACCAGCCGGACGUGGACAUGCGAUUCCUCGGUGUGGUCAUGAACUUCAACGACGUUUAUGAACCAGCCCGAAGGAAGCGGACAACGGGGGUCAGCUCCCGAGACAAGGAGCGGGAGCGGGAACGGGCGCGACGGAAGGCGGCUGCAUCAGGAGGGACGACGCAAAGGGAGAUAAAGCGAGAGAAGCGGGAAGGUGAAAGCGGCGGUAACGCGAGUGGAAAUGUUUCAUAG